AAACGGACCCUCAAAACUGGGCAACGACAUUUGCCGAAUCUCCCCCUCCAAACGCCGCACCAAAAAAGGAUCAUCAUCGGGCUAAUGCCAAUCGUUUUUUCUGACAGCUUGGGCGGUGAAAUCCAAGAACAUCAGGCGGAAAUCAGGCGGGCUGCUCGGGAUUGCGCGACAUAACAAACAGGGAGUUGAGCUGCUUUUGUUUGAAAAGAGCUGCCUUAUUAGCUCAGCUGAGCUGCCUUGCGACAACGUGGCGCUGCGGACGUUUGGUUUGAGCUGAAUAUCGUGGCACGAGAGACGACCUCGUCAAACCUCGCAGCUGUAUAAAUACACCAGCAACUGCGGCGAUAUCGAAAUACAGCUUCUGGAAGCUCCGUUUCACUGUGCGGUGUCGCAAGAGGAUCCAGACUUAUACUACUGCUCUCUACCUGCCAGCUAAGCUUCACCUCCAUCGUCCAAGAUGUUCCAACAAAAGAAGCCAUACUCGGCCGUCACGGUCACCAUCGAGACGCUCACCUCUGAGGCCUACGAAGAGGAAGACCUCAGCGGCAUCCCCGACCUCGUCGAGGUCAUCACCAUCCAAGCCUCCGGCCCCACGGAGGCCGCCCGCGCCAUUCGAAAGAAGCUCAAGUACGGCAACGUGCACCGCCAGAUCCGCGCCCUGGUCCUGCUCGACGGCCUCAUCCAAAACGCCGGCCCGCGCUUCACGCGCACGUUUGCCGACGAGCCUCUGCUGGAGCGCCUGCGCGUGUGCGGCACGUCCGACCUCUCGGAUCCAGAGGUCAGGAAGAAGUGCAGGGAGCUGUUCAACAGCUGGUCCCAGUAUGGCAAUAAACCGGGCCUGGAGAGGAUUGCUCGGCUGAGCAAGGAGCUGCCGAAGCGAAAGGUUGGCGUCACGCAGGAGAGAUCGCGCGUGCUCAAGGAAACCGAGAACCCAUUCGGUGAUGAGGAAGACGACGAGCCAACGUCUCCGAAAUCCCCAUCUCCUCCUGCCGCCGGUCCGUCGUCGUCGUCCCACAGUCGUACGUCUCAUAGCCGCGAAUCGUCAAUGGUCGAUUCGUUCAAGCGUCAGCAAUCCUCUGUGUCCAGCAGUAGCGGGUCUAUAUUCAGCAGCUCCGACAAGAAGAAGAAGAGCGGCAGCGGUAGCAAGACCAAGGGCAAGAGGAAGCCCUUCAACCUAGAGGCCGAAAAGGAGGGGAUGAAGUCUGUCAUUGCAGAGUCAUCGCUGGCGGCAACGAACCUGCUCAACGUCUUGCAGACGAUUAACCGUGAACGAGAGCGUAUCUCCGAGAACAACUUGGCUGUUGAGAGAUUCGAGUCUUGCAAGCUUCUCCGCAGAAAGGUGUUGCGCUUUGUUCAUCAUGUCGAACAUGAACAGUGGCUAGGUCCACUCCUCCACGCAAACGAUGAACUGGUCCACGCCCUCAUGACAUUUGAGCAGCUCGACCAGUCCGUCGAUGCCGACAGUGACUCUGACGACGAACUUGCGGAACAAGCUCACCUAUACCGAAUGGCUGCUAUAAAAGGAAAAGAAGAACUGGCCGCCAAGGAGGCUUCAUCCCCCCCAGCCCGGGCCGAGCAUCCCGACAUCGCCGGUCUGAGCAUCAACUCGUCCCCAAGAGCGACCCCGCCUCCUCGACCUGCCUCGAAGCCUGCCUUUUCAGCACCGCCGAUACCACCUCCGCUGCCAUCGAACCCCAGGCCUACGGCUCAGCAGAGACAGGGCUCGUACUUGUCCGACGAGGAGGACGAUGACGAUCCGUUUGCUGAUAGAAACAUUGUUGAGUGAGGUUGACACGGAUAUCACUGGAAAUUUGUGGUUUAUUCUUUUAUCCCGCGGUUGGCGUAUGUGUUGACCCGUCGUUUGGAUAUUCUCCUACUGUUUUUCGAUUCACUUCUUAUUUUAUUUAUUUUCUCGUUGUUUGGAACUGAUUCCCCAGGAGAGUUCCAUGCGUGCCUUGGAAAGCGGGCAAAAAUCUAAUGAUUCAUGAGGCCAUGAUAUCGCGUGUGCAAAUUUAGUGCGUGCCUUUGGUCAUCUGAAAUAUUCCCAAAAUGAGCUUGUGGAUUCCUCUUCUUUCAAUAAAGGUUUUUUUUAUUUUUUAUUCUAUUUCAGAGAAGGCCUGUGUUUGGUUUUGGGCUAGUUUGUGAUGUUGAGUUGAAGAGAUCUGAGU